AUGCGAUGGGGCUAUUAUCGUGGGAGGCGCGAACACGAGUGCAGAGCAAACUCUGUUUUCAAUACGACGAGAAUAGUCGAUGAGGGCGAAAAUCGACAAGGCCGCUGCGAUGCCGAGCCGAGAUGCUUUGAACGAGGUCGCGCGCAAGGAAAGGAGAGACGAAGUGAAGAGAACGAGAGACACACGAAAUCCCGUAGUGGCACGCACGCUCUAUUCCUAGCAAAACUGGGGUGGUCAAUGAGGACGCAGGAGCUUUCCGCAACACAGUUGGUCAGGGUCAAACCGGACAGGAGGUCUGUCUGGAACAAAGGGGAAGCCCCAGUGUGUGGGUCACCUGCUAAAAUGCUAGGGGAGCUUUGGAAGCAGGCAGGCAGACUGCAGGAAGCAGAGAAAGAAUACCGUGCUAAAUACCGUGCGUAUCCUGUAACAAGUGGCGACGUAGCCUUCCCUCGCACUAUGCAAGAUUUGGGUGGUCAAAACACGUGCAGGGCAAGGGAUUGCACCCAAUUAGCAGGGUUCGGGCGAUCUGGCAUGACCUCUCUUGUGCUGGAGCUGGGGAAAGAGAGUCGUCGCGAAUACCCAUUUUUUUGA